AUGUCCUCCCACGAAGACGACGGCCCUUCCCCCCUUACGAGAAUCGCUCAAUUGGAGUCCUUCUACGCGCACGUCAUUCAGCAGCCUGAACGCUUUUUCGGCUUUCCGGCCUUCGGUUUUUCGGCUUUUCGGCUCUUCGGUUCUUCCGGUCCUUUUGGUUUUUCUCCCGGCCCGUCCUACGGAUUCUCUUCGGCUCCCUUCGGCUCUUUUCGGUUCCUCAAAACCGCCUUCGCACGGCCACGGGCCCCCCUUUCUUUCGGCGAUUUAACCGACCUCUCAAUACUCAAGCAUUUGCAUCUCGAACACUUGCAAUACGCUUUCGGUUCCUUCGGCGCAAUAGAACUCGUCGCUCUCGGCAAUCAAACAAAGACUCAGCUUUUUGGAAGAUCGAAAUCCCACCCUCCAGCAUGCUCCUCACAGUUCCCUCGAUCAGCAAGCUUAUCAAUCUACCCGUUGUGGUGCAAUCAAUUUGGAUUGCUGGGUGCUCCUUCCUUUUAG